UCUCAGAUCACAUUGUUGUGCGCACUUCAUCUAGUGGAAGUGUGCAUUAAAGUCAACUUUUUCGACUUUGAAGAAGGAAAUCAUUCCAGGAUUUUGGAUUCAGAGCCGUUGGCGAUCCAAUCAGCUGAAAACUGCGAUCACAGCUGUUUAGAAAAUAAUUGAUCGCAAAGCUACUGUUUGAUGAUAAAAUAAUUUAUUUUCAAAUAUGAAACGAGAGGACCAAGAGUUGUUAGAGCGAGCUGAGGAGAAAGAGAAUAACGAAGAAAAACCUGAAAAUGAAAUACAUAAACAAGACGAUUUCUUCGAAGAUGAAUUUGACAGAGAGUUCUGGGUGAAGGUAAUGUGAGCCGCUGUUUGUCCAAAAACAUUUUUCGCCAGGUGAUUUAGCAUUUACCCAGUCAAAUUUUUUUAUGGGACAAGGAGAGAUCUCGUUCUAAAGAAAAGUAAUGGACUAUAAGAGAGAUUGAAAAACACACUGUUUUUUUCCUAAAAUUUACCUCUGCCUUCACGAUCGAUCCGACUAUAUUAUUUUCAUAUCUUUAUUUACAAACGGUAUUUAACUUGGACAUUGUUUGAUGCAAGGUAUUCUUCAAAUGUAAGUCUCUUUCUUCUUGACAGUGGUGUUUGUUAGUAAUCUACCAGACCAAAAAAAAUCUGUUUCUGUGGGAUUCUAUCAAAAAUUUUUGAUUUUGUUAUGCUUGAGUUCCUCUGAAACAAACUGUUGGCUGAAAUAUAAUGUGUUUUCUCUACCAGUUGGGGGAAGGAGAAAAGGGCUUCCUCUCAGGGUAUUUUCCUCAUAAAUCUCAAGAGGAAGAUGAUUUUGGAAUACAACUGGCCUCAGACCUCUCCACUAAAAAUCUAAACCACUUUUUAACCCAAAGAUAUUGUGCAAUCAAUUUCAUAUUUAGGUUCGUCAGAAGCAGAGUGAAGGACUGUCUUGGAGCAGUGCUAUGAAUGAAGUUCGAGUUCAAAGACUAAUCCAGAAAUACAAAGAUAAUGGGGAACUGGACAGUGAGGAUCCUGCACUUGUGAUGUUAAAAACUUGGCCAACAUCCAAAAGAUACAAAGACAAUCCUGAUAAACUACUAGGCCUUGAGCAGCUGGUAUGUAGGUUAUGCAAACUUUUGAAUUUUUUUGUUUGUAAAAUUCAGAUUUACCAAUUAGAGACAUGUAGAACACAACACACUUGGAGGGUUCACUAGGCAGUGUUCUCUAGAGAUUUAUUAGCAAUAAUAAUCAUGUAUUUUAGAUCAAUACAGAUGUUUUACUCUUUUGUCUAAUCUACAUGUAAGAAGCUGGUGCUUUAGAAGAGAGUAGCUAGCAAAAUGCAGGCUGCUGAUGCUUCUGGAGAAUACUGAUUAGGUCUCAGAGAUCUGAUGACGCUUCAGGUAUUACUGGUAUACUGAAUUUUCUGAGCCAUUUUCUCUUUGGACAUGGUGUAGUAUAGUUAUGUCAUACUUGUAUAUUGUUCUGUUCCAAUUCAGCUCCCACACCUCUAAAAUAUAAUUGACUUUCGAUAUUAUCAAUAUUAAUAUUAUCAUUGACCUGUGCUUUGCAGAUUAGUAAGUUUUUGGUGAUUCUAUUGGAAAGUGAAUUGAACUCAGGCAACAGAUAUGAAACAUUCAGAGAUGCAGAUGACAAAACAGGAAAGACAUUGCUACAUUAUGCUGCACAACUUGGCUUUUUACAUGUCACCAAAACACUUGUGAAGAAAUGUCCAGGACUGCUUGCUUUGAAAACAAAAGCUCAGCUUAAGCCCGAGAAGAAAAGAGGCAUGUUACCAAUUGAAUUGGCAUUAAUAGCAGAGAAUGAUGAAGUGGCAGCAUAUAUGAUUAGAAUGAUGUGGCAUGAAAGGUAUACAUGUAUGUAAAUUUAUCAUUGCAAUCAUUCAUGGUGACUUAGAAACAUUUUGGAAACAGUUAGAUGGAAAGGAAAAGGGAAACAUUUUGCUAAAAGACUGGACAAAGUAGGAAACUAGGGCUGAACUUCUAAAAGAAAACAAAUGAGAAUUUUUAUAUAAUUAGGAAAGAGAGGUUUUGAAUUAAAAUUCUUCAUUCAGAAAGCAGCGCUGUCAAUUAGGUGUCUACAAUUUGCAUGUAUUCAUUAAAAAUUUGAAAUGAAUGUUGCUCCUGAUUAUUAAUCCUUAUUAUUCAGAGUCACUUGCCAUCUAAUUUUUCCUCACAAUAUCACCCCUGAAUCACACAUCAAGUCACAAUUAGGAAUGAUCACCAACUAAUGAAGCUCUUGAUCAAUGAACAAAUUCUCCUUGUCAGCACCUAAGGAAAUAUAUAGAUGUCAGUGUGAAGAAUAUACAUAUAUGUGAUUUAUCAAAGGUUUUCCAAUAUUUUUCAGUAGAUGUCAGCCAUUAACUUAAAUGUCAAUUGCUUUGCUUUCAUUAGAGUACAGAGCUUAUUUUCAUGGAGACCAGGAGACAUGACCAAUCCACAGCCAUCUUUCUUCAGUUUCAAGACAAUUGUCAAGAAUCCCAAAAUGAAGGUGAGAUUUCAUAAAUUUCAAGUGUACUUAAAGGGAAAUUUUUCCCAAAAUUCAUUAAAUGUUGUCAUGCUUGUAACCAUUGGAACACAUUUGUCAAUUUUCUGAAUAUAAACUAAAAUACAUGUAAGUAGGUUUUUCUCAUUAAGUUUUUGUUACUUGAGAGUUACAGGACCCCUUGAAUGUCAAGUGGCAUUUCACUAAUAAUCUCAACCCCAUCAGCCAGAGGAUUUUUCAGUCUUAGGACCACACACUUGAUACCAUCAAUAUCUGUUUCAGAUGUUUUGGUAAAGCUGUUACUCAUUUUUCUAUGCCAUUGGGUACAAUGUAAUAAUUUCAUGAAACACAUAAACCUACAUGCACAUGUCUGUAGUGCAUGGCCUAGCCAGGGACAACAAGUUAUCUAUAGCUCAUUUUGUAGAGCAUAGGCAAGAAAUCUGCUCCUGCUGCCAUUUACAUCUUCACAGGGACUUGGGUUUUCCUUUUCCCAUGUCCAUGAAGAAGGCUUUGCAUUUUGCUCUCUGUAACUCUGUUUUUUCAUUCUUUUCCUUAAUUUUCUUUUUGUUUGUUUGUUUGUAGAAAACUGUAGUGGCUGUACUUGACCAGAUGGUAAACCCUCACUGGCCACACCUCCCAAAGCGCAAGGACGAGUAUGAUAAUGAUGAUGAGGAAGAAGGAAUUGAAGGGGCCUGGACCACCAUCCCUGAUGACCCACUGGACUAUCACUUUUAUUAUCAUAUUUUGGAUGGUGACGAGGGAGGACGACCUCCAAAAAUUGUGUCAUCUGAAGGACAUAAGCAGACAGACAAUGAAUAUUUUAAUCAGAGGGACAAGUCAUGUUUGCAUUUGAUUGCUAAGAGUAACAAUAAGGUGAUCAUCAAAAACAUGAAUUUUAUCUCUUUUUGUUGUUAUUUGUUUAAUGAUUGAUGUCAAACAUUUAAUGGUAAUUAGAAAAGAUGAUCUAAUUUUGUUAUGCACUUAAAAAGUGAAGUGUAACCAGAGAUAGGCAGAGUGGAUUCAUUUCCCAAACAGAAUUGACACUGCAAUCUUCUGAAUCAUACUUUUAGGAGGCUCUGCAACAUCCUGUUGUCAGAAUGCUGAUAAAGACAAAAUGGAACCGUUUUGGACAUUGGUUUCUCAGGUGAAUAUACCACUCUUCUAGGAGAAUUUCUAAAGAAAUAGAUACACAUUAGGCACCCUCACAGUGCUUCUCUCCACUCAGGAGUACAAAAGGGUGAUUUCUAACUGCAAGGGAAAUGCAGGAAAUGCUGGAGUCAAUCUCUAAUAAAAACCCGAUGGAGUUCACAGGGUAACCUACAUUAGAACAUCAUGUCAUCCAGGAGGGGCAGGUCCACAGAGAUGGUAGUAAGCUCUGCCAGUCAUGCAAAUCAGUCAUUUUUACGGAUUCCCUUCUACCUUUCAAACUUUUAGACAUGGCCUCAAGCAGUUGUAAAUUUAAAGUAGCUAAGACAUGUUACCAAGACAAGAGAUAAUUGUUCACCUUGUGCUUUAACAUAAUGUUUUCCUCCACUCCUCCCUUUGCAAUGUCAGUAACUAAGUAGUACCAUGUAGAAAACUUCUGGCCAUCUGAUGAGGUCGGUAAUUACAAUUUUUGCUCAAGGUGUCUUAACAUUUUUGCAACUGGUUGUUGCUUCUUGAAUUGCCAACCAUGUGUUCAUCUCAAAAGAAUGCAAAAUACUGAAAUAAUCUUAUGUUCAUUUUUAGUCUUCAUGCAGCAUUGUAUGUGAUCUUCUUGCUGUUCUUGUCCUAUUCCUUGAUUUAUGGCUCUACCAAGCUGGACCCCACCCAAUACAAGGGUGCUGCUGAUUCACUAAGAGGAAUUUGUGAGGUUUUUACCCUUUUCAUGGUUGUCUUCUACAUCUGUGAAGAAAUCAAUCAAAUGAGAAAGUGAGUUACUUGUUUAUAAUACUUUUUUGUAACAAUGGGAUGAAUGUUCCUGUCUGAAAGCAUGUUUAUGAUGUACAGAAAUUAUGGGGUGUGAGCUAUGGAUUUUUUUUUAACAAUAAUUUUAAUUGCAAAACACAAUAAUUGUGUUUUGCAAUUCAAUAUUUACUGCAGGUCUCGUUACAUUAAUCUACUAACAGAAAAACACUUACGUUACUUACAAUAUGGGUUAUGCUGACAAUACAAUUACUGAAUACAUUGUUUGCAGAAAAUACAAUUUCUUGCAUUAUGGGCUACUUACACUACUAACAAUACAAUACUCUACUUAUCUAAUACGUCACUUGCUAAACAUACAGUUACGUUAUACGAAAUACUUACAUUACUUACAAUACAAUAUUCUAGUUACUAUAAAAUUCUAACGUGUCCUACACUAUGCUCAUUAUGAUAGAUAAGUUAUGAGAUAAGUGAUUUAUUUAUUUAUAAUCGCUUCGCUACUGAAAAAUUGAAUUACACGAUAGUUACAUUGGAUGAUAUCAAUGAUAAUUAAAAAGAGCUAUCUGUGGGUUUUAAAGCAAGUUUGUAUUAAAACACUUGUUUGUAUAUCUGUUUCGUUUGUAAAUAAAAUAUGUCGAUUAAAUGUAAAAUUCCGGCAAAAUAGUUUAGGCCUUAAGGGUAUGAAAAGUGAUAAAGCUGAAAUCUUUUGGUCUUGAACACGGCUUAAACUUCCGUUUGUUCUAAGGUUCAAAGUGAUUGUGUUACGAGCAGGAAGAAGGUCAUGGAGCAUGUUCUGUUCGCUAUGUUCCAGUGAGUAGUUUAAAACACCGCCAUUCUCUGAAACACUCUUUUAUUUUUUUUCUUUACAUUUUAACAGAGAGCGACACUCCUACUUUAAAGAAUGGAUGAAUCUGUUUGACUGGUUAGGCCUGGUGUUGAUCUUGUGUAUAAUACCUUUACGGUACACUGAUAACAAAGCACAGUGGAAAGUGGCUUCUUUGGCUUUCUUGUUCAACUUCCUUAGGAUCUUUAAGUUUUCUUGUGUAACAAGGUAAGUAAGCCUCUUUGUUUCUCAGAUUCUAUUCGAUUGAAGUCGAUUUAGAGCAAUUUUCAGUUGAGCGUUGAAAUUAAUCUGGAAAUGUUUUGGGUUACUCUUCUCUGUGAUUGGUCAAAAAAAAAAAAUUCGUACCACGUUCUCCGCCAAUCGAAUGCAAGAUUAAAACCAAGUGCUACUUGGUAACUGGCGCUUUCCCGCGUUUGAAGUUCAGCCACUAAUCGCGUCUCCGGUCUGAGUUCCUAUAAACGGAGCUCGCAGAGCGUAGCCCCAUAAUUAUACAAAACAGUAGGAACCCAUCAAGCCGAAAAAAUUUGGAGUGUACGACCGUACGACCGUACGACCGUACGACCGUACGACAAAGUGCUACUUUUAACAUACGUGGUCAACUGUACCGCGGGCACGCCAACACCACGGCUUUGUCCAGUAGUCCAAUGGUCAGUGCACUGGGCUCCGAGUCUGACGACCCGGGUUCGUUGUGCCCUUGAGACGUGCGGGAAAAAAAAUGCGAGCUCCGCUUUUAAGCUUAGCUAAAUCUAUAUAUUACGAUAUCUUUCUUCGUUCCGUUUGGCCGCUGUGAUGAAUGCGGUGUUGGUUUUACAACACUCAUUUGUAAUUCACUUCUGGUAGUAAAUUUGUCAAACUGCAGCUUUGAUUAAGCUCAAGUUUUAGAUCCAACUCAAUAUUUUUUUUUCCAGGACCACAGGGUUGUACACCAAGACUUUGGCUAAGAUUAUUCAGCGAGACGUGACGAGAUUUAUGGCAGUUUUUGUCGUGGUAUUUCUUUCCUUCUGUGGGGCAUUGUUUUUAUCUGUGCAGUCUUCCAAGCAAAAUCAACAAUUCAGGUGCGUGUUAAUUGUAUGCUUUCGUUUCCCUUAAAAAUGAAAAGAGUAGCUGAUUUUUUUCUUGCAUUUUACAGGGGUUUUGAAGACGUCUUGUUGAGCGGAUUUCGUGCACUUUCAGAACAGCAACCUAUUGCAGAAGAUUACUCGACUUUCAAGUAAGUUACACUGACUUUUAACUUCUCCUAACAAAAUAAACAAUGAAGACAAUUCAUCUCAAUAUUGUGACUCGUUUAUUGUGACAUGCGAAAUAACUUUCAACGCGGUGAAGAAAAUUAUAAACAAUACUUUGGUGGCACAGAAAACAUCAAAAUGGGAGAAAACUUGGAGGCCUAAGGAUGGAGACGAUUGAAACGGAUUGAAAAUGAGUGCAAAAUUUUGGCUCACGCUUUGGCUUAUUUAUGCCUUGAUUGUCAAAUAACUCUACUAUUCUUUACUGUUUUUUUCUUUGGCAGCUGGCUGUCGAUUCUGUUGAUGUUAUCGUACAUGGGAACAGUGAUUGUGAUUCUGCUCAACAUUCUCAUUGCCCAGAUGAGUACGACCUACACACAGGCCAAGAAAGUCGCUCGUCUGGAAUAUGAUGUGGAUCGUAUUUCCCUGCUCACACGCAUGGAGAGAUUUCCUUUUCUGGUAAGUAAGUGACAGCGCAUGGAGAUCGAGUUUUGAAAUAUUUUAAGCCAGGAAGAUUGUUCACCUUCCUGCUCUCGUGUUUUUUGAGUGCGAGAGUGCGCACGAGUGUGUAGAGUCUUAGUAAAAACAGGCUUAAGUUUUUUCUGUUACAUGCUUAAUGUACAUUAUGCAAAGGACGUCCCCUCCCGGAGACUGGGUUUGAGGCAACGAAACAGCGCUGCUGGUAUUUUAUCUCACAAUGACUUUUUCCUCUGCAGAAUCUGCGCGUAAAGUAUUACAAAGAGGGAGACUGGAUCAGUGAAAUGAAACUCGCCAAAGGUUUGGAGUAAAUUAAAACUGCUGUGAGCGACGUCUAAAUUGAAUCCGGAAAGUAAGACAGGUUUUUCUUAGUCGUUCUCUGUUGGCAACCAAAAAAAAAAAAAAAUGGACCAUCCUCUCCGACACAAACUACUGAAAACAUUUCAGCAAGUACUGACACAAUAAAUCCCCUUCCAAAGGACCAAGCGUCGCUUACUUUGGCUUGCUUUAGCUUGCUUUGUUCUUCGAAGUUCUGGAAUUUUGUUAAGCGAAUGUUUCGGUUUUUUCUAGAAUUGCUAGAAUUCACUGAAGAUCGUCAUCAUUGGGAGUCAGUGGAAGAGAAGCUUGAUGCGAUCAGGUAAAUGUUGUGAUUUUAUUUCCUGUCUUCGUUUCACUUAUUUGGCUACCCAAUCAUGCGCCCACAAACCUCCCAGACACCCAAACCACUAUUCAAACAGAUUUCUCAGAAUCUACCCACUCCCUCAUCUAGCCAGAAAGUCACUCACCUACCUCGACACCCACUAAAUCAACCAUCCGACCAUCCGCAGAGUGAAAGACCUGGCCAUCUACCUAGCCAACAUUUUUAUCUAUUCAGACACCUUCUUGUGCAGCCAGACACCCACUCACCCAACUGGACAGUUAUUCACUAACUCUUAGUCAUCCUCUUACCUACAUCAGACACCCACCCAUCUACCCAAACACAUACUCAUCCAUCCAGACACACAAUCAUGCACACUCAAACCCACACAUGCAUCUUUCUUGGUACUUGCUGACUCUUUCAUGAAAGCAACGGUCAUCCAUGUACGCGGACACCCACUAACUUACUCGGAUACAUCUGAAGAUCUCCUGAUUGUUUUUCUUUUUAGGGAUAUGAUGAGAAAGAUGGUCAAGCAGAUGAGGCCUGAUAGAGAACAGAGGGCUGUCAGUCGAGAUAUCUCUGAGUGAAAUCUUCCGUAACGCUUUCAGCUCAAUGUAUAAAUUAACGUUUUACGUCGAACGCUAUUAGACGUGAAAAUACGGAGUCAUAGAUGAUAGCCAGAGUUGUUUUUGCUUGGUUUAUAAUACGCAUAUCAAAGGAAACAAAACGAACUAUUACAGUAAAGUCAAACGAAUGAACUUUGAGGAACUUGUAAAGCACAUAUUUAUAAUCUCAGAACAUAGAUGUAUUUUAAAUUUUAUUUGCAUAUCUAUAC